GCGCCAUAGGUAAAGGUAGCCAGACAGAGUAGCAAUAAGUCGUUGAGCUGUAAGAUGGCAGCCGCCACCACCACCACGCCGAGCACCGCGCUCACCAUGAAGCUACUCGUCGAUUCCCAACGCUGGCGCGUGGUGUUCGCGGAGGCCGGCAAAGACACGGUCGACUUCCUCUUCUCCCUCCUCGCCGUGCCGGCCGGCACGUCCGUGAAGCUGCUGGGGAAGGAGUCCAUGGUCGGCUGCAUGGGGAACCUCUACGGCAGUGCCGAGAGGCUCGAGGAGCCCUACGUCCAGCCCGGCGCGGCCAAGGACGUGAUCCUCGGCGCCGCCAUGCCGCCCCCCGCGGCGGUGCGACCCAACAGCUGGGUUUUCCCCUUGCCGGCGCCGGCGCCGGCGGCCCCGGCCCCGGCCCCGAAGAAGUUCUACAACUGCGGCAACAGCUACUACAGAAACAACUGCGGGUCCUACGUGACGGAGGUGAGUGGCACUUGUUGCCCCAACUGCGGCAACCGGAUGUACACGGAGACCAAUCUUGUAGGGUCGCCACAACCAGUGGACGCGAAAGAACCGGUGAGGAAAGGGUUCGUGCAGGGCGGCAUGGUGGUGUACACGGUGACGGACGACCUCGUGAUCUCGCCCAUGUCGAACGUCUCCACCAUCGCGCUGCUCAACGCCUGCGGGGUGAGGGAUUUCGGAAUGCUCCAGGAGAGGACCGUGCAGAUUGGGUACAAGGAGGGUUUGGAGAUUCUCAGGGCGUCGCUGCAGUCCAAGACUGUGCUCACUGAUGUUUUCCUUGGCAAGAAGCCGCCUUCCGCUUCGUCGAUGAAAAACGGCGGAAUGAAAAACGGCGGCAGCACCCCUCAGUUGAGCAACGGCACAAGACGUGACUCUCUCAGCUGGCGUGCGUGAGCCAGCCAGCCUUGAAGAAGUGUACGUACGUGUAGCUUGACAUUGCGCCUAGCCAGUUAAUGAGCCCGUUUCUCCCCGCGCACGUUCCGGUCUAACCUUCCUUCCUCCCGCACGCCCUCGACCGAGCCUUCCUCCCUCUCGCAUGCUUCCGACUGAGCCAGGAGUUACGUUCAUGUAAGUCACUAGUUGCGCUUUGUGCUAUACUACAGUUAUGACCUGGGUUAUAGUGUAAUUCAUAAACAGCUGAGUUACAACAUGCUCAACAACAUAGUUACAACAUGGUAGACACCCCAGUUACGAUUUCAAAAAUAGUAUAGUUGCGAUCCACUGGAUAGGUCAGUUACUACAAAGAAUUACAUCCAUGUAAGUUACCAGUUGCGCUUUGUGUUAUACUGUAGUUACUGAUAA